GAUUGGCAAUGAUGAAAUACCAUUGGAAACGGUACGCUGAUUGAUCGAGUUGCUAGUGACUUUUAGUUUUAGUGAUAUGACGCCUGGAUGUUAUGAUAUUUUGAUGGAAUAUAAAUUUAGCCUCCUUCGUUUGCCGCGGAAUCUUCAUUGAGAGUAGAUCUCUUUAUAUACCAUCGCAUACAAAUUAAAAGACUAUCUUCUGUAUUCUGCAACAUUAAAGUCUUUCAUUCAAAGUGAAGUCUUCAGAUGACAGUCAUUACACCAACGUUGAAUGUUAAACUCAGGGAUCAUGUGAUUCAUCAUAAAUAGGACGUAGCUGUUCAAAUUCUUGUUAAAGUGGAACAACAUUGAAAAGGCUGGUGCGAACAGACAAUAUACAUGUAAAGUGAUUCAGACUGCAUCAAGGUGAAAUGCCCCAUAAGAUCCCUUUUAGUGUGAUCUAUGCAAGCAGUACGGAUGAGGGUUUCAACUGCAAAGAGCUGGAGAUACACAACCCGCUGGUCAAGGGGUGGGUCGGGGGACGCUUCUGCCUCUACCCGCAGGAGAUCGUGCUGCGGAUGCCAGACAAGACCAGGAUUAGAAAGCUGCAACUCUUAGCCCAUCAGUUCCUCAUACCAACCAAAAUUGAGUUUUAUGUUGGAAGCCUGCCACCGGAUCACAUCACCAGCCUAAAUGGGCAAAGAUACAAACGAUUAGGGUACAUCACCCUGUCUGACAAUGCCAAAACUAGCUUCAAAGCAAGAGAGCUAAAGUCAGUACACGUGGAUGCUGUAGGAAAGUACCUUCGAUUAGUAGUCUACAAGAAUCAUGUCAACAAGCAUAAUCUCUAUAAUCAGGUCGGUAUGGUUGCAGUCAACAUCAUUGGUGAUGAGCUGGGAAGCGACAAUAAGAACGACGUGGGAGGAAAUCGUGUGAAUGACGUCAUCAACCAACACAUGCCACAGGGCUCAUCAUUCAAUGGAGAUGAUCUGGGGGAGGUGGAUCCGGUGGUCCUCGGUGCUAUCAACAAACCGGACUACAUAUCUCCAAUGGAUGACUUGGCAUUCGAUAUGUAUCAAGAUCCGGAAGUGGCCAAUAUCAUCAGAAAAUUAGACAACAGAAAAAACGAAGCUGUUAUACAGGAGGAGUUUGAUCUUGCCAAGAGGUUAAAGCAGGCAGUAUCUGAUCUUCAGAAGGUUGGAGAGCGUCUAGGACGCUAUGAAGUUGAGAAGCGUCGAGCGAUCGAGACAGAGGAUUACGACCUCGCGAAGGUAAAAAAGAUCCAGAUGGAAGAAUAUCGAUUGCAAAUCUACAAGCAGCUGGAACUCUAUGAUCUACUAGACAUCAGUAAGAAUCUUGUAUGGCCACUUAAAGAUUGGUCCAUGCAAAACAAUGAUCCCAAUACCCACCAGCAUCCCCAGAAGAACGCCGCUCCUGAUGAAGUCUCCCCCAGGAGAGAGCCCAGGAGGGAGGAGCCAACCCCAAGGGAUCCUGUUACUCCACCUCCCAACAACCAGGAGCACCACAAGUCUCCAGGAGUUAGCCCAAGAGACUCCGGAAACUUCCAGCCGGGUUCUUUCAUGUACAAUGCGGAUGACAGGCCACUACCUACACUCAAAAAUUCACCUCGUCAUCCUCCCCCAGACUUGCCCCCUGUGGAGGAGCCGGAGACCGCUAGGACAGAGGAUGACACGGGAGGAGCUGCUCCUGGGGGAGGGACCCUUGGUGGAGAACAGAUUGGGGCUAUGUCAGAGAACAACAUGAGGGAGCUCGAUGCUGCGUCAGAGGUGGUAGGAAGGGAUAAGGUGAUGAAGAUAUAUUCAAAGAGCUGGGCUCUCAGAGAGGAGGGGUUCGGAGACGUCCGAUCUCAGGUAGAAGAGUUGGAUGAAGGCAAAGACAAGGAGGAGGUCCGUGCCGUGCUACGAGCGGCCAUCUUCCUGGCUACCAAGGGGCUCAAGGAUAAAGUCUUCACGGUUUUCAACAAUGCAGUGGAUCUGACCCGGUUCCUCUUCACCGAGUUUAUCCCGUCUCAUAAGAAACUUGGCAAAGGAGAGACAUCUCAGGGGGUCGAUAGGAUCUUACCAGAACUCAUGGCAAGGAUAGGUGACACGAAUGCCAAGCUGAAGACAACCGCCAUCGACUUCAUCGUGGAGAUGGCCAGCUUUCCGGAAGUGCGCCCUCUACACACCAUCCCCACCCAUUGCCAAACACCGUUCAAGAACAACACUCAAGCUAAGAUGGCCGUCACGAAGGUGGAGAUCAUUGAGAAGCUGAUCAAAGAGUUAGGGGUAGACAAAAACAGUGGUAUGUCGACAUCCAGUAUCAUGAAAUUUGCAAACCGUGGGUUAGAGCAUCCGGCUGGUAUCGUGAGAGAUGCGUCCAUCAACCUCAUCUUUGAACUCUAUAAACUCAAGGGGUCAGAUGUCAUGGCCCAUCUGCCAUCGUCCGAACAGCCCUCCACCAUGAAGAACCCCCUCUAUGUCAGGAUAUAUGAUGGUUUUGAUAAGAUCGAUGGUAAACCUACCAGAGCUGAGCUUAAGGCUCAGGCGAAAGCUGCAAAGGACAAUGAGAAGAAAGCUAAGAAAGCAGAGAUCGAUGAGCUCCAGAACCAGCUUGCUGAACUCCGGGCCGCAGCAGCCAAGAAUGCUGAGAAGAAAAACAAUAAGACUCCAGAUAAAAACGUGGCUAAGAGUGUGGACAAGGGCUCAGACAAAAAGGCUCCCGCCGAUGACAAGAACAAAUUGAAAGCUCCCCAGAACAAGAAGAUCCCACCCAGAGCCCCAAGCAUUGCGGAUGCCUCUGAAUAUGGGGAAGACAUCGACCAGCAGUGUAUCUUCUGUGGAGAGAAAGAUCCUAAGUUCAAAGAUGAGGGCCUUGACCUCCAUUACUGGAAGUUCUGCCCUAUGCUCACCAAGUGUCAAAAUUGCAAACAGGUGGUUGAGAUCUCGACAUUAACUGAGCAUAUCUUGACAGAAUGUGAGAAGAGAGCCGACUUUGCACAGUGCCCUCGUUGUUCAGAAACGCACAGCAAGGCCGACAUUGAUCGAUAUGUAUCAGAGAAACUCUGCCAGCCAUCAAAACCAGGAACAGCAAGAUGUCCUUACUGUCAUCUGAAUAUACCAGAGGGAGAGGAUAGCUGGAAGAGACAUCUAAUGAGUAAAGAUGGUUGUAAAGCCAGCAAGAGAAGAGAAAGCUACCUAAAAAGAGGUAAAGCCACCCCCAGUUCAGUCCGGGAAUCCAACAAGGGCUCCAUCAAGAGCAAACCAGGAGGCAAGAAAGAGAAAGAACCCAAACCUAGAGGGGGAAAGACACCCAGGGUCAAAUGAGAUUCAUCGGGAAAAGGACACAUCACAGAUAAUAAUACGUAGCCAAGAACAAGGGCUCCAUCAAGAGCAAACCAGGAGGCAAGAAAGAGAAAGAACCCAAACCUAGAGGAGGAAAGACACCCAGGGUCAAAUGAGAUUCAUCGGGAAAAGGACACAUCACAGAUAAUAAUACGUAGCCAAGAACAAGGGCUCCAUCAAGAGCAAACCAGGAGGCAAGAAAGAGAAAGAACCCAAACCUAGAGGAGGAAAGACCCCCAGGGUCAAAUGAGAUUCAUCAGGAAAAGGACACAUCACAGAUAAUAAUACGUAGCCAAGAACAAGGGCUCAGUCACGAGCAAUCCAGGGGAGCGUUUCAUGCAAGGACUUGAUAGAUGUUUAUCCAAACUAAGUCUGUUCUAUCUGACAGUUCCCAUAAAGAACUGUGCUUCUUAGCCAAUCAAAAUCCAGGAAAGUUAUCAGGGGCCUGUCUUACCAAUUGAUCCACUCAAUCGCAAAUAUGGAAAACCAGCAAAGUCAAUAGGAGCAUUUCAUGCAAGGACUUGAUAGAUGUUUAUCCAACAAAAGUCUGUUCUAUCCGACAGUUCCCAUAAAGAAUUGUGCUUCUUAGCCAAUCAAAAUCCAGGAAAGUUAUCAGGGGCCUGUCUUACCAAUUGAUCCACUCAAUCACAAAUAUGGAAAACCAGCAAAGUCAAUGGGAGCAUUUCAUGCAAGGACUUGAUAGAUGUUUAUCCAACAAAAGUCUGUUCUAUCCGACAGUUCCCAUAAAGAAUUAUGCUUCUUAGCCAAUCAAAAUCCAGGAAAGUUAUCAGGGACCUGUCUUACCAAUUGAUCCACUCAAUCGCAAAUAUGGAAAAUCAGCAAAGUCAAUGGGAGCAUUUCAUGCAAGGACUUGAUAGAUGUUUAUCCAAACUGAGUCUGUUCUAUCUGACAGUUCCCAUAAAGAACUGUGCUUCUUAGCCAAUCAAAAUCCAGGAAAGUUAUCAGGGACAUGUCUUACCAAUUGAUCCAAUCAAUCGCAAAUAUGGAAAGCCAGCAAAGUCAUAUAAAAUGCAUAUUUGUUCAAAUAAAUUCUUGGUAUGAAUGUAUAUCCAUAAAUUCAUUGAUUUCUUGACAAUUUGGUGUGUUUUCCUUUGUUUACAAAGGACAUUUUGCAAAUUUCCUGCAGAAAAAAAUGAUGACACUGAUGGAUUUCCAAAGAGUUACGAUCAAUUAGAUCAAUCGUACCUCUUUGUAAGACGGGGCCCAGAUCUGACAAUUUGUGGAACAAAAAAUGUUAAUGAAAUACCUGCCUUGGGAGCGUUUGAUAAAGGGAUUGUCGGAUAUUUCAUCUGACAGUUACUGUAGUAACAGUCGGACACCUAUGUUUCUCAGCCAACCAAAACAAAGGAAAGUGAGCAGAUCUGACAACUUGUCUGUCAGACGUCAAAUGUUGAUGAAAUGCCCUCCUUGGGUCAAGAAAAACAAAUCUAAACCUAGAGAGAUAUCCAAGGGUGAAAUGAAAUUUAUCAGAGAAAAGGACACACCUAUUUGGCGAAGAUAUACGUAACUGCAAAAAACAGCUAAGACUAGAUUCGUCUAUUUACAUGGGUAAAAAGAAUCUACAGAUGAUUGAGAAAUUAGCUUUUACCAUAGCCUUUAUAUUUGUGGCAAGUAUGUCUUUAGUAUUUUCAUGAAAAUAUCAGAUGCAUCUAUCUGCAUGAUGAAACAGUAGUAAUCAAAUAAGACACACAAAAAAUAUAAAAAGAAAACAUAAUAUUUUGCAAUAGUUUGAUGCCUGCAAUGUGAUAAUGUUGAAAGUUUAGUAUCAUUUAUUUAGCAUUUUGUAAACAGUUGGGAACCCAGUGCUCUCCACUCCUUUUGUAAAAAGCGCUUUAAUAGAGACUUGCAAAUUUGCCUGUGUUUUGCGCUAUACAAAAAUUUUCAUUAUUAUUAUUUCAAAGAAUGAUAGAUUUUCUAAAAACUUUUCUAUAAUCAGGAGUCCUAAUGCUAGGCCCUCUCAUUUAUGCUUUUCACACUGCAUUUCCUUAAUCCCUAGCACCACAAUAAGCCGGCUAACCCUGCUUUUUUGCAGGGCCAGAUAGUACCGUACUAUUUACCAUGCUAGCCCACUUUGCCAAAACAUACUAUGAAAACGAAGUGGGCUAAGCGUAACCCCAAGGAAAUUGGUGGGGCUAAGACCCCCCUUAGCCUCACCAAUUCCAAGGGGUCAAGGAAAAAAAGUGCAGUGUGAAAAGCAUAAUUGUGUAUCAGUUUCAGUGGCAAAGUAUGUGGCAUUGUAACUGCUCUGUUCAUAGAGGCUGCAAUAAUUCACACACAGUGGAAAAAAAUUCACAAUUACAAUAUAUGCAAUUUUGGAGUUCUAUUCUCUUGAAUUCCAUAUUUUCCUACAGUCAUAUCAAUAUAUUUUGAGAUAUUGAGACACAGAAUAUGCUGCUUCUUGCACCAAAUUGACUUCCGUAGCAUUGGGACCCCUUCCAAAUCCGGCGGCAAUAUCUAGAGGUGCUCGGAAAAGACUGGGAUUUUUGUUUCAGUGAGUUAUGUAGUAUUUUUUCUUUGGUAAAUGAUCUUUAGAAUUAAUUUGUUAGUCCUCAUUACACUCUGUCAAUUAACUAUUCCAAUCACCUAGGGUAACUUUUAGACAAGUCUUGUAUUAUUUCAGCAGAGAUUCAGACCCAUGACCGCCCUUUCAUAUGGAAUGCGUUCAAUCCACCAGUCCAUCAUUAGCGAUAUGAAACCAUUAGUGUAGUCUCCGAUUUCAUCAUGUGCCAACCGAGUACAAAUUUGCGAAUAUUGACCUUUCUGUGUAAUAAUCUAUCAAGGGCUGAUGUAAAUGUAUAUGUACAGUUUAUUUAUGUUAAGACAUUGGAAUUAAUUGUCAUGUCUACACAAUUUCUGCUUAUCUUUGUGAAUAUAUAUUUGAAAUAUUGUAAAUACUU